AUGGGUAGCGGGAAAGCCGGGCAGCCAGGUCAACAAGUCUUCCUGCAUACACCAAUACUACCACCGGGACAACCGAAAAAGUUGCACAAGACUUGGAGUGGCCCAUUCAAUGUUUUAGAGAUCCUGUCGGACAACAACUUCCGAAUCGUCCCGACAAAUGACAGGAACACGAGACCAGCGACGGUACAUUUCAAUCCAGUGAAGUCGACAACCAAAGCUACGGGAGACCUCAACGACAAAUCGAAGCAACAAGGAAGAGUCUCAGAUGCAGCCGUACAGGUUGAAGUACCAAUAGAAGACCAAGUACCGUUUGUGAACUACAAAUAUGGCGACGGCGAUGGGAUCCCCAAAUAUGCAUCCGACACAUCGUUCGACGAUAAAAAACCGCAAAACAACGAAAUGAUCUCCCCAGAUAUUCGAACUAAACUGCCACACUUCACAACUCUGCCCCCCUCCAGUUAUCAACAAUAUGAACCGCCACCGAUGUUUGAAGCCGAUAUGAAUCUUACUCUGUGGAAGGCAAAAAUAAAGAGACAUCUAUCAGGAGUUCCUCCAGAAUACCAAAGCAGCCGAAUCUUGGAUCGUCUGAGCGAUUGCGUCCAGAAACUUGUCUUACAACAACACGUGGAUGAGGAGUAUCCACCGCGGAAAAUCUGGGAGACUCUCGAC